ACUUCUCCGUCUUUCCACAUCUCCGUGUCGAGUCCUCUCUCGAAAUGUCUUUGCUACUCCGAUCAUAUCCAUAUAUAUAUAUAUAUAUAGCUACUUCCACCGGUUCACAUCCCUCAUCAAGCAGGCUAACGAAGAACAACAAAUCAAACAAACUUUUCUCAUUUUAGCGAAAUCUCACUUACAGCAAAGCAACAAUGACUACACGAUCGGAGAAAGCCGUCGGAAUCGACCUCGGCACAACCUACAGCUGCGUCGGAGUGUGGAUGAACGACCGCGUCGAGAUCAUCCCCAACGACCAGGGAAACCGCACGACCCCCUCCUACGUCGCCUUCACGGACACCGAGCGUCUAAUCGGAGACUCCGCGAAGAACCAAGUGGCGCUGAACCCUCACAACACCGUCUUCGACGCGAAGCGUCUCAUCGGGAGGAGAUUCUCCGAUCCUUCCGUCCAGAGCGACAUGACUCACUGGCCGUUCAAAGUCGUCUCCGGACCAGGAGACAAGCCUAUGAUCGUCGUCUCGUACAAAAACGAGGAGAAGCAGUUCUCUCCCGAGGAGAUAUCUUCCAUGGUGCUGAUCAAGAUGAGGGAAGUCGCUGAGUCCUUCUUAGGCCACGCGGUUAAAAACGCCGUCGUAACGGUCCCUGCUUAUUUUAACGACUCUCAGAGACAGGCGACUAAAGACGCCGGUUCGAUCUCUGGUUUAAACGUUUUACGGAUUAUUAACGAACCGACCGCCGCGGCUAUUGCGUACGGUUUAGAUAAAAAAGGGACGCAAACCGGUGAGAGGAACGUUUUGAUUUUCGAUCUAGGAGGCGGGACGUUUGAUGUUUCUUUGUUAACGAUCGAAGAAGGCGUCUUCGAGGUGAAGGCCACGGCUGGUGAUACUCACCUCGGAGGCGAAGACUUCGACAACAGGCUCGUGAACCACUUCGUCUCGGAGUUUAGACGUAAGCACAAGAAGGAUAUCAGCGGGAACGCGAGGGCGUUGAGGAGGCUGAGAACGGCUUGCGAGAGAGCGAAGAGAACUCUCUCUUCAACAGCUCAGACGACGAUAGAGAUUGACUCUUUGCACGAAGGGGUUGACUUCUACGCGACGAUCUCCCGCGCGAGGUUCGAGGAGAUGAACAUGGAUCUGUUCAGGAAGUGUAUGGACCCCGUGGAGAAGGUUCUUAGAGACGCCAAGAUUGAUAAGAACCGUGUCCACGAGGUGGUUCUUGUUGGAGGAUCGACGAGGAUUCCGAAGAUUCAGCAGCUUCUGCAGGAUUUCUUCAACGGGAAGGAGCUUUGUAAGAGCAUUAACCCCGACGAAGCUGUUGCGUAUGGAGCUGCCGUGCAGGCUGCGAUUCUGACUGGUGAAGGGAGUGAUAAGGUGCAGGAUCUGCUGCUUCUUGACGUGGCGCCGUUGAGUCUUGGAUUAGAGACGGCUGGUGGGGUGAUGACUGUGUUGAUCCCGAGGAACACGACGGUUCCUUGUAAGAAGGAGCAGGUGUUCUCCACGUAUUCGGAUAACCAGCCGGGUGUUUUGAUUCAAGUGUAUGAGGGAGAGCGUGCGAGGACGAGAGACAACAACCUUCUCGGAACGUUUGAGCUCAAAGGGAUCCCUCCUGCUCCGCGUGGAGUUCCUCAGAUCAAUGUGUGUUUUGAUAUUGACGCUAACGGGAUCUUGAACGUGUCGGCGGAGGAUAAAACAGCUGGCGUGAAGAACCAGAUCACGAUCACGAACGACAAGGGGAGGUUGAGUAAAGAGGAGAUUGAGAAGAUGGUGCAGGACGCUGAGAAGUAUAAGGCGGAGGAUGAGCAGGUGAAGAAGAGAGUGGAGGCUAAGAACUCGCUGGAGAAUUACGCUUAUAACAUGAGGAACACUGUUAAGGACGAGAAGCUGGCUGGGAAGCUGGAUCAGGAAGAUAAGCAGAAGAUCGAGAAGGCGAUUGAUGAGACGAUUGAGUGGAUUGAAGGGAACCAGCUGGCGGAGGUUGAUGAGUUUGAGUAUAAAUUGAAGGAGCUGGAGGGGAUUUGCAGCCCGAUUAUAUCGAAGAUGUAUCAGGGAGGUGGUGGUGCUGGUGCUGGAGUUCCUAAUGAUGGUAUGCCAGGAGACGGUGGGUCAGGUGGGUCUGGCGGCUCUGGUGGUGGAGCAGGUCCAAAGAUAGAAGAGGUUGAUUAGAGCGGUGGAGAGUGUGAAGACAAAAAGUGUGGAGUCUUUGUUGUACUUUUGUGUCUGAAGUAUCUUAAAGAGUGUCGAUAGGUGUUUUGAUAGUGAUGAUGAAAGCAAUGUAGUUGUAUGGUGUACUCUAUGUCAGUUUGUUUCGAAGUAAAAUAAAUAACGUGAUCUGCCUUUUCC